AUGGAGGCGUCAGACGCAGGCGACCGGGUGGCGCGCACCUACAUGUACGUCAAGCAGCACAAGCUCAACAACCUUUUUGCACACUUUCUUCAGUUACUAAUCUACCACAAACCGGAGGACCCUCGUGCCUUUUUGCGGCAAGAGGUCCGGCUCAUGCUAGAAGCGAGGACGUCGACGCCGCUCUUCACAGAGCAGGACCUUGAAACGAUGUUUGAUCUCAUAGAUGUGACGAAGCAGCGCUGGGUGACAGUAAGUCAGCUACGGAAUACAUGCAAGAACUUGGCAACAGCUGCUGGCGAGGGGAACCUUGGCCUUUCCCCUGAGAAAGAGGAGGCAAUUGAGCGUGCUGCCGAUGCGGAGGGGCAUGUAUCAGUGGAGAAGUUCAAGGAGGUGCUGGCGACGCAGCUACUCACAAGAGAGUUCUGGGAUGAGUAA